AUGGGAAAUACCGAGAGCAAUGUUACCAGUGGCGUUAAAAAGCAGGCUGGAGUGUCCACCCAGGCGCUGUAUAAGUUCGUGAAUCUAAAAGGUGGCGGUCUGCUCGUUGAUAUGAUGAAACGCGCGAUCCAGAACAAGCAGUACGCUGAGAUAGAUCACGCAAUCAAAACGAAGGUUGAGCCAUUCCUGUACAACAAGGGCAAAGGAAAGUACAUUCCAGUAUCGGUGUUGGUACUGUUACGAAACCGGGAACGUCCGCGUCAUAAACAGCUGCCUGAAAUUCGUGCGAUGGAAAAUCCCGAGGAAGACUUCGAUAUCGAUGCCGUCUGCCCUGAAGUAAGCGAAGCGGAAUACUAUCUAAAUCCAUCAGGCUACCGGGAAGUAUGCUGGAACAUAAAGGAACGAGGCGCUGUAGGGGAAACGAUUCUACAUCUCUGCUUGCUCAACGCGACGUCCUUGCAUGCGGACUUGGCAAAACGUUUGUUGCGCUUCUAUCCCAAGCUCAUUAACGAUGUGUACAUGUGCGAUGAAUACUACGGAGAAAGCGUACUUCACCUAGCAAUUGUGAAUGAAGAUCCGGCAAUGGUAAAAUACCUGCUCGAUCAUAAUUCCGACGUGAAUGAGCGUUGCUGUGGAACGUUCAUGUGUCCCGAAGAUCAGAAGGCAUCUCGGUAUGAUAUAGUUGAGACAGAAGUUGUUCAGAUGGUCCAAAUGACAAACUAUGACGGAUACGUUUACUGGGGUGAAUAUCCACUUACUUUUGCCGCCUGUCUCGGGCAGGAGGAGUGUUAUCGUUUGGUGUUAGCUCGCGGAGCUGAUCCAGAUAAUAAGGACUUCAACGGGAACACCGUACUGCAUAUGCUCGUGAUCUACGAGAAGAUCUCAACGUUCGACAUGGGCUACGAGGUUGGUUCGUCGCUAAGUAUUCGUAAUCACCAGAAUUUAACGCCUUUAACGCUGGCAGCUAAACUUGGUCGCGUGGAAAUGUUUUUCCAUAUAAUGAAUAUCGAGCGCGAGAUCUACUGGCAACUGGGCAGCAUUACCUGUGCAGCUUAUCCGUUGGUUUUGAUCGAUACAAUAGACGUGGAGACGGGCAACAUCAGCAAGGAUUCUGCUCUAAAUUUGGUGGUGUUCGGUGAUAAGGACGAGCAUUUGGACUUGCUAGAUGGAGUGUUAAUCGACCUGUUAAAGACAAAAUGGAACACAUUUGUGAAGGAUAAGUUCUAUCGACAGUUUUUCAUGUUCUUUUGUUACUUUUGUGUGUCACUGGUAAGUUUUACACUACGCAACGGCCCUCCUCCUGCCGAUGAAGAGGAUGAAGAUGCACAAAACGGUAGCAAUAAAACAUCCUCUACCAAAGAAGAGCUGCGCCAGCAGUUGUGGAAUGUUUCAAUGUUGAAAAAUAUCAUACCGUCACUGAAUAGUAGCGUUACGGAUGAAAUUCGACUCGGAAUCGAUGCCUUCGGAGGAAAGUUAACGGAUCUAGAGGAGCAACACAAUGGAAGUACUUCAGAUUCGGCCGAGGAUGAUCCAUCUGCGAUCGAUGACGGAUUGUUCUUUAACUCCAAGUGCCACACGAUGGAUUAUGAUGGAUUGGAAGGAAAGGUUCGGCUGAUAUCGGAGAUGAUCAUACUGGUUGGAUCGUUCCUGUAUCUCCUCGCGGCCCUGAGGGAACUAAAAUUUCUUGGGCGAAAAAUGUUCUUUGAGAACCUUAUGACUGCACCAUCUCGAGUAAUGUUUCUGUUCUCCUGCUGCAUAAUGAUGGUGAUACCGUUUUUAAAAGUUCUUUGUUUUACGGAGCUAGAGGAUCAUGUAGCCGUAGCAAUAAUGCUCACUACGGCUCCUUAUUUUUUAUUCUUUUGUCGAGGAUUCAAGACGGUGGGUCCAUUCGUGGUGAUGAUUUACCGCAUGGUGAUGGGAGAUUUAUUGCGUUUCGUCGUGAUCUAUCUAGUGUUUGUGAUGGGUUUCUCGCAGGCGUACUAUAUCGUGUUUCUGUCAUACAAACCGGAGGAGGAAGGUGACGCCAAUCCGAUGCCUUCACCAAUAGAAUCAAUAGUAGCGAUGUUUUUGAUGUCUUUGACGAAUUUUGGAGAUUAUUACGGGGCGCUCGAGAAUACGGACCACGAAGCUUGUGCUAAAAUCCUCUUCGUGCUGUUUAUGGUGAUCGUAGCUGUGCUUUUGGUGAACAUGUUGAUUGCCAUGAUGGGUAACACUUACCAGAAGAUUGCAGAGACUAAAAAUGAAUGGCAGAGACAAUGGGCUCGGAUUGUGCUGGUGGUGGAGCGUGGCGUUCCACCGAAAGAGCGCUUGAAAAACUUGAUGUCGUACAGUCAACCUAUGUCAGACGGCCGAAGAGCACUAGUGUUGAGGCUAAACAUGACAGACGAAGACAAAGAAGAGAUGAAGGAAAUACUGGAAAUGAAGCGUGUACACGACCGUCUGUCGACUAAGCGCCAGGUCGAGAGAGAUGCACGUGCGGAACAAAGACGAUUGUUACGUGAAAAGUAUCUCAACAUGUCGUCGUGA